AUGGAAAAUAUGGCUGUAUACACAUCUCAUAUCCCAAUUUCUUCGUUACAAAAAGGAUUGCUUGCAUUCGGCUCAGCAGUAACAGCACUUAUGAAUCCCAGAAGAGCAGAUAUGGUGGCAGCAAUGGGUGAAACAACAGCUUUCCGACCAAUACUAGAAAGAAUUCGUCAGAGAAUGGAAGGCGACAUAUGUGGUAGAGAAAUCUUGAGAGAUCGUCCAAGAAUAACGAGUGCGACCAUUGAUUUGAGUUACCUCCGAACGCUUCCUCACGGAACACUUGGCAAAGAAUAUUCCAUAUUUCUCGAAAGGUUGAAUACUACUCCAGAUGAACGUCCUACUGUUAAGUUUGUUGAUGAUGACGACCUAGUUUACAUAAUGCAAAGGUAUCGCGAGACACAUGAUUUCAAUCACUUACUUUUGCAAAUGAAAACGAAUUUGCUCGAAGAGAUCGCAGUCAAAUGUUUUGAAGGCAUACAGCUUGGUUUACCGAUGUGUGUUCUCGGUGGUGUGUUUGGUGGUUUGAGAUUAGGGCCAAAGCAUCGGCACGCUUUUGUGCAACAAUACUUACCAUGGUGUGUGGAACAGGCGGUGAAUUCACGGCUACUAAUUGCUGUUGAUUGGGAAAAUCAUUUUGAAAAGCCAAUUUCUGAAUUGCAAAGAACUUAUACAAUCACUCCUUUUAUUCGCUAA